AUGGUGGUAACGAAUCCGAAGCGAGUUGGAGAAGAAGAUGAACCACGUGCCUCUGGCCCUUGCCCUUGUAUAACCGGAGAAUCCGAAGUUUGCAACGAGAAACGAAUCAGGAAGCGAGUUGGAGAAGAAGAUGAACCACGGUUGGACGGUGAGGAGGGAGGAGACGAGUUGGAGAAGAAGAUGAACAUCCCUGACGAUCUUGUUCCAAUCAUAUUCUCAGCUUUGAUUCCACCAAUAAUUUCAUUCUCAGCUUGUUAUUGCUAUUUGGUUAACAAAGAUUCUGCGUAA